AUGCCAAGACCGAUUUUCAAUGAAGAGGAAGUUGGCAACACCAAUAGACUCAUCUGUGAAGAAUUGCGUUAUAAUAGGUGCUCUUUAUCUAAGGAACAUGAAGAAUUAUUGGUUAAAUUGAUAGUAGAGCAAAAGUUAGUUUAUGACAGAAUUAUCACAGCAGUGCAUGAGGACAAAGGUGGAUUCUUCUUCUUAUAUGGUCAUGGAGGAACCGGGAAGACAUUUAUUUGGAGAACUUUGUCUUCUGCCAUAAGAUCUAAAGGAGAUAUUGUGUUAACAGUUGCGUCCAGCGGAAUAGCAUCUCUUUUGUUAGCAGCAGGUCGAACAACUCAUUCGAGAUUUGCAAUCCCACUCAAUGCAACUGAAGAUUCAACAUGUAAUAUCAAACAAGGUACUCCUUUAUCAAAAUUGAUUGUCAAGACAAAGUUAAUUAUUUGGGAUGAAGCACCAAUGAUGCAUAGAUAUUAUUUUGAAGCUCUAGACAGAACUCUAAGAGAUAUUCUUAGAUUUAAAGAUGCAUCCAAUUUAGAUCGACCAUUUGGAGGAAAAACGGUUGUUCUUGGUGGUGACUUUAGACAAAUACUUCCAGUCAUUCCAAAAGCAAUAGGUGAUGGUAUGAUUGGAAAUUCUGUUGAUGAUAUUGAUAAAGUUCACAUCCCUGAUGAUCUUAUCAUAAAUAAUUGUGGCGAUCCAAUUUCUGCGAUUGUGGAAAGUACAUAUCCAAAUUUUUUAAGUCAUUGCAGUGAUAUAACAUACCUGCAACAAAGAGGAAUUCUUGCUCCCACUCUUGACAUGGUUGAAUCAAUCAACGAAUACAUGGUUUCACUAAACCAAAGUCAACCAAAAACAUUUUUGAGUUCCGAUACAAUUUGCAUGUCAGACGAUGCUUUUACAGGUUUGGAACACGUACAUACACCUGAAUUCCUAAACACUAUUAAGUGUUCUGGAAUUCCAAAUCAUGUUAUCACUUUGAAAGUGGGUGUCCCAGUGAUGUUAUUGAGAAAUAUAGACCCAUCUUCAGGGCUAUGUAAUGGAACAAGAUUAAUCAUCACUAGACUCGGAAAUCGGGUUAUCGAAGCAAAACUUUUAUCGGGAAAUAUGGCUGGACAAAAGGUCUUCAUUCCGAGAAUGUCAUUAACUCCAUCUGAUGCAAGAAUACCUUUUAAGUUCCAACGAAGGCAAUUUCCAAUAGUUGUAUCCUUUGCAAUGACUAUAAACAAAAGUAAGGGACAAUCUUUAUCUCAUGUUGGGUUAUAUUUGAAGAAACCGGUCUUCACACAUGGGCAGCUUUACGUUGCUCUAUCACGAGUUAUAAAAAGAAAGGGAUUAAAGAUUUUGGUUUAUUACGAUGAUGGAGAAAUUUCAAAUGAAGCAAUAAAUGUAGUUUACAAAGAAGUUUUCCAUUUCUGGACUGUUUUUGAGCUAUUUCGGCAGCAGGUUUCAGCUGGAAUUUUUCGACUGUUUUUGGGUGAGAAAGUCGCGGCGUUUCGGACUGAAAAGAUGGCAGAAAUAGGGAACUUAUCGAUAAUGGUGAAGUCGCUUGGUCGUGAUUUCGAAGAGCAAAAAGAAGUAGUGGGGCUGUUGGUGAGUCUAUCAGAUGUUGCUGCAGUUAAGAGAAGAGUUGGGAGAAUCCAAGGAUGCAUUGUCAUGUUAGUUGCAAUUUCUAAUGGGGAUGAUCAAAUGGCUUCAUAUAAGUUUGGUACUGAUGUCAUUCAAUUUAUCUAUGCAUAUUACAUCUUCAUUUAG